AUUUUGAACGAGAGCUCCUUACGCGCUUUGGAAACUCGGACUAUCAUAACCACGACGAGGCGCUAACACGGAUCCGGCAGACGGGGAGUGUACGUGACUACCAAAAAGAGUUCGAGAGAUUGGCGUGCUGGGUUCGCGGGUGGCCGGAGAGCGCACUUGUUGGCGCGUUUGUUGGAGGGCUUAGAUAUGAUCUCGCGGCUGAAGUACGAUUGGAGAGACCAGAGACCAUGCAUAAGGCCAUGGAAGUUGCUAGGAGACGGGAGGAUCACUUGGCCGCAACUCGAAGGGGACGGGCGGACUUUCGAGUCCCGGAGCCGCGACGUGUGCCGGCGACCGUGGGCGCACCUAGUGCGAACGCGAGGCCGCCGGGCGCCUUUAGGCCACCGGCAACCGAGGUAAAGAGGUUGACGGAGGAGGAGAUGGCACGGAGACGUGAGAAGGGGUUGUGUUUCCGGUGCGAGGAAAAGUACACACCGGGAUAUCGAUGCAAGCAGAAUUACUUGAUCGAGUUUGUGGACUUGGAUGACGAGGAGCCAGUGAUCGAGGAAGAACGAGAAGUGGAGGUCGAGGUGCUCGAUGAUGAGGCCGAGAUCUCUGUACACGCCAUGGCAGGUACCAAGGGGCCGAGGACGAUGCGUUUGCCGGCGUGGGUGAAGGAUCAGCGGGUGACUGUGCUCGUGGACAAUGGGUCGUCGCAUAACUUCAUUAAUGCAACGCUAUCUCACAAGCUUAAACUACCCACGUCCAUGGUCGAGCCAUUCGAGGUGCGGGUGGCUAAUGGAGAGAGACUGCGGUGCUCGAAGGUGUACCGAGGCGUGCCAAUCAAAUUUCAAGGAGUAACGGUAAAGGCGGACCUGUUUUCCUUACCAUUGGUGGGACCUGAUGUGGUGCUUGGUGUGCAAUGGCUCGAAGGGCUCGGUGACGUAAUGACCAACUAUCGGAAGGGCGUGAUGAAGUUCGAGACCGAUGAUAGGUUGGUUACCUUGAAAGCGAGCGAGGGAUCGACCAAGGAGGUUGGUCUAAAAAGCAUCGAGAAG